GACGUCACAGAUGUUUUGCAGGAAAAUGAUUUUUUUUUUAUUUGUAGGGUGAAUUCCAAGGCAUGAACUAGCAUUACUACUGCUGUAAAAGGGAAAGCAGAAGCUUAUAUUGCUUCUAGCUGCUUUACAGCUGCCUCUGUCUCUUCCAUAUGAGCACUUUGACCCCAGGUGACACCUACACAACAGUGUGACUUUUGGAAUUCGCAAAGCUGCUGAUGGUGUUUGAAGACGUAAGACUCUUGUGAUUUACCUGUUAUUUCUCCUGUGGAUUUGUUUAUGGAAUUAGCAAGGACCUCAGCUCGGGUGACAUCUUUCUUCAGGUGGCGACAGACAAGGUAGCAGGCAAGCUGAGUUCGACUCUUUCAUGGGUGAAGAACUCAGUGUCGCACACGGUGAGUCAGAUGGCUAGUCAGGUGGCCACCCCCUCCUCGCUGCACACCACUGUGGCAUCAUCCACGGCCUCGCUGUCCUCGCCCUCCUCAGCCUCCCCGACCCAGCUCAGCCCGGAUGAUGUGGAGCUGUUGGCCAAACUAGAGGAGCAGAACAGGUUGUUGGAGACAGACAGCAAGUCUUUACGGUCUGUGAAUGGCUCUCGAAGGAACAGUGGCUCCUCACUGGUGUCUAGUUCAUCAGCCUCCUCCAACUUGUCACACUUGGAGGAGGAUUCAUGGAUCCUUUGGGGACGCAUCGUCAAUGAGUGGGAAGAUGUGUGGAAGAAGAAGGAAAAACAACUAAAAGAACUGGUUAGGAAAGGCAUUCCACAUCACUUCCGAGCAAUAGUGUGGCAGCUGUUGUGCAAUGCCCAGAAUCUACCCAUAAAGGAGCAGUAUUCUGAGCUGCUGAAGAUGACCUCGCCUUGUGAAAAACUUAUCCGCAGGGACAUUGCCCGUACCUACCCCGAGCAUGAGUUCUUUAAGGAGAAGGACAGUCUGGGUCAGGAGGUGCUCUUUAAUGUUAUGAAGGCAUAUUCUCUGGUUGAUAGAGAGGUGGGCUACUGUCAGGGAAGUGCUUUCAUUGUUGGCCUUCUUCUAAUGCAGAUGCCAGAAGAAGAGGCUUUCUGUGUGUUUGUGAAACUGAUGCAGGAUUACAGGCUGAGAGAGCUCUUUAAACCCAGUAUGGCUGAACUUGGCCUAUGCAUGUACCAGUUUGAAUGUAUGAUUCAGGAGCAGCUCCCAGAGCUCCAUGUGCACUUCCAGGCCCAGAGUUUCCACACCUCCAUGUAUGCUUCAUCUUGGUUCCUCACCAUCUUUCUUACCUCUUUUCCUCUUCCUGUCGCCACCAGGAUCUUUGAUAUAUUCAUGUGUGAGGGUUUAGAGAUAGUGUUUCGUGUGGGGAUGGCUAUCCUGCAGAUGAAUCAGGCUGAGCUCAUGCAGUUGGACAUGGAGGGAAUGUUGCAGCACUUUCAGAAGGUGAUCCCUCACCAGCUGGAUAGUGGACCAGACAAAGUCAUCCAGGCUGCUUAUCAAGUCAAGUACAAUGCCAAGAAAAUGAAAAAGUUGGAAAAGGAGUACACUACGAUCAAAACCAAGGAGAUGGAGGAACAGGUGGAGAUUAAGAGACUACGCACAGAGAACAGACUCUUGAAGCAGAGAAUAGACACUCUGGAGAAAGAAAGUGCUUCUUUGGCAGAUAGAUUGAUACAGGGUCAGGUGACACGAGCCCAAGAGGCAGAGGAGAACUACCUGGUCAAACGGGAGCUGGCCACGGUCAAACAACACAAUGAGGAAACCAGCGCACUGCUGGAGCAAGCACAAAACACCAUCCGACAGCUCCAGCAACAGCAGCCGUUUGCGAAGGGGAACCCACGCUACUCUGAAGAGUUCAUCCUGCAGUUGGAGAGGGAACUGGUACAGGCCCGUCUUAAAGAGGCUGAGUCUCAGUGUGCACUGAAGGAGAUGCAGGACAAGAUUCUUGACAUGGAGAAGAGAAAUGCAUCCCUGCCAGAUGAAAAUAAUGUGGUACGUCUUCAGGAGGAGCUAAUUGGUGUAAAGUUGAGGGAGGCAGAGGCUCUAACAGGCCUUAAAGAGCUUAGACAGCAGGUCAGAGAUCUGGAGGAGCACUGGCAGAGGCAUCUGGCGCGUACGGCAGGCCGCUGGAAAGACAGUCCACGGAAGAAUGCAGCAAGCGAGCUUCAGGAUGAGCUGAUGAGCGUGAGACUCAGAGAGGCAGAGGCACAGGCUGAGCUCAGAGAAAUCAGACAGAGGAUGCUGGAACUGGAGACCCAGAAUCAGAUACAUAGUAAUCAACUGCGGCGUGCAGAACUAGAGGCCAGAAAUCUACAGGAGCGACUGCAGGUUUUGACCAACCAGAAUAAGACGUUGCAUGCAGAGCUGCAGGAGACAAAACGGAAACAGGCUGAAAUAGAGUGCAAGAAUAAAGAAGAGGUAAUGGCAGUGAGAUUGAGAGAAGCUGACAAUAUUGCUACCAUGGCUGAGCUUCAGCAGCAGAUCUCUGAGCUUGAGAUUCAGAAAGAGGAAGGAAAAGUCCAAGGUCAGCUCAACAACACAGACUCCAGCCAGUACAUCCGAGACCUCAAGGAUCAGAUAGCAGAUCUCAAACAUGAGAUCCGAUGCUUAAGAGGGCAGCGGGGCUUACCCGGCCAAGCCAGUUUUGAUGGGAUUCAUAUAGUCAAUCACUAUGGAGGGGACAACGAAUCCUACCAGUCCUCUGAUGAAGACGGAGUGAAGCUGUCACCCCAGCUGACCAGUCAUCAGGUUAGAGGCCGGAUCACACUACAUCCAAACCUGGAGGACUCGGAAAGUGAGGGUGAGGAGGAAGGAGAUGCCCUACGACUUAGUGUGUCCUCAAAUGGCAGCCAUAAGACAACUACAGUGUGAUCAUCUGGAUUGGUGACACAAACUGCCAUCGAAGGUCUAGGAAGGAAAGUGUGACUUUACGCUCAUCCUUUAAAUCUGCCUAGAGCAUUGAGCAUGGGACUCGAACUGGAGAACUUGAAAAGCCCUCGUUCAUCUUUACAAAUGGACUUAUGGAGUCAUAUCUUUCUUAAGGUCAUGGUUUACAUCUGCAUUUGUUUUGUUUUUGCCAAAAUGCGUCAGAUGUGUGUCAUGGCACUAGUUUUUCAUUUUAGGCUCAAAAAAGAGGACGAAUAGGCCUCUUUAGGCCCUGAGACCCUUGUAAUGAAAAUCUACAUUUUGUGGCACGGGAUCCCCAAACCUUUAAAGGGGGUGUUUCUAAUACCCCAAGGUUUUUUUUUUUUUCUUCACAUUACGAUUUUGUAUAGCGUAGUGUUUUAUGCAUUAAGAAUUUGCAUUGUCAUAGCUUUUAUUUUUUAAAUCAUCCUUUUAUAACAAACCACAAGAAACCAGUGAAAGCAUAACUUUAGAGGGAAACGUAUUACGGAACACUAUUAUCUUUAAAUGCACAUUAAACUGUUCCAUAUUAAUACAGUGGUGUCAUAUCGUAAGUUAGCAAGCCUUGUUUUCUGGCAUGAAUUAUACAAUUGGGUCUUGAACACAUUAAGUGUGGGUCAAGGAACCAGCAUCUAUGUAAAUAUGUACAUGUUUUGAUUGUUUUUCCAUCUCCAUUAUUACUUGAAAAUAUGUAUUCAGUGGAUGUCAUGUCUAUAUUGUAAUGUAUUGUACAGUCAUGUUGAAAGGGAUGUAUUACUGAAUUUGGGAGGUCUUUGGAGGCAACAACUUUUCCUGGCACACUGCUGUCCAGUAACUUUUAUGUACUGUAGCUCUGAUGUAGUCAGUUCUCCAUUUUAUAGAAUGGAGUUUUUGUUUUCUGCCUGGAAAAAUUCUAUGAAAUUCUUGCUGAUUUACAAUAUUUUCUACAGUAUGUGGUAUGCUGAGCAUGUUAUGAGUAAUGAAUACCUGCAAACUGAUGGAAUCGAAGGCAGGGUGUGUUGGUUAGUGGAAUAAUGUUCUCAUUUUUUCUGGCCUUACUUAAGUCAAGCACUCACAGCCAAUGAGAAUAUACAGACUGCUUCUCGUUUUCUUUUUUAUAUCCAUAUUUGUACCAUCUAGCUUCUGAAUCAGUUAGCUUUUUUGCACAGAUGACAUGCAUAUCACUUCACAACAAUGGAAAUUACUACUAUUCCCUGUUUACGUCAAUUCAGCUUCACUCUACAUUGUUGUUCUCCUCCAAUGAGUUUGUAUGUCCCAAUGGUUCAUUUGAAGACUUGCAAAGAAAUGGAAGUUAUUUCACAUCAGUCUGCUAUUUCUGAUGUUAUGAUUGGCUGGAGAUGAAUAGCACCUGAGAACAAGCCUUAAAACCCAGCAUGAUGGAUGUAAAGUUGGUACACUAUUUGUCCACCUUUUAAAACGGCUAGUUCAUCUACAAAAAUAAGACUUUGCGAAACGAACUUGCAAAGCACAAAACACUAAGGUGAUUUAAAGUAAUCAAGUAAAAACAUUAUUUAAUAUAAACUAAAACCUCACAAAAAAAAAAAAAAAAAAAUUGAAUUCCUGUGGAAUGUUCCUGUGGGCAUUAGAGGCUUUACAGACUGUUGACAAUGCAAGUUAAGUGUCUUGAAGAUGACGCAUAUGUUGAUUCAGAUCACAAUAAAAUAUCAUUUGAUAGUG